AUGAUGACUGCUUUGAACGUGAGGCUGUUGGUUGAAGCUUUGACUGAGUGUGUUGUUCGAUCGAAACAACUCCUGGACUUGGACCUGGUUCGAGUGGAUCUUGGACAAGCUUCUUUGUUGCGAUCCAUCCUUUCUGGUGUUGCGAGGAGUUCGUCGUUGAAGCAUUUGGCGUUUGAGAAUUGCAUGCUGGAUGACGAGGCCGUGGAGAAAAUUUGCGAGGCCCUGAAGAACCAUGUCAGUCUGAGCCACAUUUGCCUUUCAGGAAGAAAAAUUACCAGGGCCAAUCCGAUCGUUGGAUUGAUACUACAUCAACAAGCUGUGAGGACGAAUGCAGCAGAAAGACACCAGUUCACCAAGCGUCUUCCAAGAUUCAGCGGCAUCAAGAGAUUAUCAUUCGUCGACUGUCCCAAUCUCGGCUCGGCGUCGUUUCGUUGCAUCGCCGAGAGUUUGCACGACAGCGACGCAGUCAAGGCCCUGGACAUGGUCAAUUGCGGGAUCGACAAGAGGGGUGUGAGUGCCCUGGAGGCCCUAGUGUCGCUCAACACGAGUCUGGUACUUGUGGACCUGCGCGGGAACGAAGUACUGGCCUGUGCCGGGGACUUGUUGCGACAGAAGCUGUUGAUUUUGUCGCAGGGCACGCAAAAGUAUCCAGUGUUGCCAACGUCGCAUGCUUGGGACGCCGCUGUGAGAUCGCCAACGAAAUCCCCUCAUCGUCCAUCUGAGACAACUGUCAAACCUCGCCCUUCUGUGCCUCAACCGCCGGAAGAAGUAGCAGAAAAAAUCUACGCCAGAAAAUCAAAGUAU